AUGCUUUAUUCUAAGAUUACUGCCGUGGUGGUAGCCAUCUUGCCUCUCUCCGUUACUGCCAGGUUUUACUAUCCUACAGCUACUAAUGUACGGCUAUACAGUGAGCCUAGUUUUGAUGGAGAGGUCCAAGACCCAUAUAUUCGUCGCUGCACUGAUUUAGACCCACCCUUGAGACAUAACCUUGGAUCUGCAGAAGUCAAGCGGGGCCAUUACUGUCGCCUCUAUCGGCACCAGGGUUGUGCGGGUUACGAAGGUUUCGUUGACGAAGGCAGUUGGCCGGAUCUUUUGCAAUAUGAUACACAGUCGGUAUUUUGUGAUAUUAAGCAAUAUGAUUAA